AAGAAAACUUAUAAGUGCACUGAAUGUGAGUACUCCACAGUGAGUGAGGUUCGCUAUGAGGAUCACAGAAAGAAGAGUCACAGCUCUGAUAAAAUCUUCUCUUGUCAUCUUUGUGACUUCACCUGCUCCUGGAGCAAGAAGUUCAAUCAGCAUAUGUUGGUGCACUACUAUGGACCUCCUUAUCAAUGUGAACAUGAAGGAUGCAACUAUUCCUCAGACACCAUUAAGAGUGUCUUAGUACAUCGGGUACGCCAUACAGACGAACGACCAUACCCUUGUGACCAGUGUGACAUGAGAUUUCGUACCAGAAGUAAUUUAUGUGCCCACAGAAAAUGCCAUCAAGGUGAAAAGCCGUGGAAAUGCCCUGUUUGUGAAAUGAGUUUUGCUACAAAGAGUACACUCAGUCAACAUUCAGUUCGUCAUAGUGAUGAUAGACCUUAUCUCUGUGAUAAAUGUGGCUUUGGAACCAAAUUCCAGUCUCAUCUCAUAGCUCAUAAACGCAUACAUACUGGUAGAUGUCAGUUUCCCCAGUGUUCCUAUUUUGCUCCGAAACAAAGUCAACUGAAAAGCCACAUGAGAACCCAUUUGGGAAUUCGUAAAUUUACCUGCGAGGAAUGCGACAAGAGUUUCGUGGAAAAGAGUCACCUUGUCAGACACCAAAAGAUCCAUUUAGAAGAAAAGCCUUACAGUUGUUCUGAAUGUGGGUAUUCUUCAACCAGAAAGGACAAAUUGAAAGAACAC